UUAUUUAGACAUGACACUCAGCGUGGCAGCAUGCUCAGAGACAUCAUGGCGACAAGAGCUGCAGACUCCAUGCUGCAUAGCUGAAAGUAAAAAGGGCCGUCCUUCUGUGAAAUGAGGAUUGGACACCACAAACAAACACAAAGGACGUUUUUUUUUCUUGGCUCCCGUGUGCUCAGACGUCAGAGUUUGCAGUUCACAGUAAACUUUGGUCAAACACUUUUCCGCUCAUCUGUUCUGUCUGUCAGAAAAAACAACAAGUGUUUGCUGCGUUUUCUCGCACAACUGCAAUCUCAGAUAAUCUCUCUUACAUAUAUCAUUUGAAGAUGAAAGAAAGGAGGCUCAAAUAGUGUAAAGUUGUUGUUAACAGCUUGAGUAAAAACUAGCGACAUUGUAAUAUUUGUGCAUAUGCACAUAAUUAUGUUUUUUUUUACUCAAAAUCUCUACAUUUGGGGUGCAGUGCAAUGCUCUGCUUCCCAAAACCUCUCAGGUCCAGAGGGUCAAGUGUGUAGUUACAUUUGUUUGAGAUUACUGAAUAAAAAAAGGUCAGAGCUGUGUGUGCGAGGAUCAGAGCACCACACCGGACAGCAGAUUCAUCUUCAAGUGCCUUGAGCAGUCAGAGGAGGAGUCAAGUUAACAUUCAUCUUGUCAGAAGUAACACACGUUUUGCUUUAGGGUGAUUCAGCCCUCACAGGAGACAAGGUGGUCAAGACUCACUUGGUGGUGUCCAGGAUGAGGGCAGAAAGUCAAAACUUGACUCUGCAAAACACCAAAAGAAGACUGGGAAUCCUCAUAUGACUCCAACAAGUCAACAGCAGUCAGGAUAUUCUGAUGUUUUUUUGCACACUCUGAUGCAGAAGUUGUCGACUUAAGUUUUCAUUUAUGUAUUGAUCUUGUGAGUGAGUCAGCUCUAUGAGCCGGUGUUCAGAUGUGACGUGCCUUGUUGAAAUAUACUCAUUUCAGUCAGACAGCCCACGUUUGUAUCGCUUAUUUUCAGCAGCAGAACGUAGUUUAUGUUCCGACCUAAUCACUCCUCACAGUUUUAAUGUACAUGCAGGAAGUUGAGGCGUGUUGAGAUGACAUCUUAACCCACCCCCCACCCCCAGUCAGAGCCUACAGGUGGAUGCUGGGGUGGUGGUGGGGCUGAGCGAGAGUGCAGUAUGGUGCAGGUCUGGCAACGAAAGAGCAGAGGAAGAGGGCAGAAAUCAUGCAGCCUAAAAAGACAGCUAAUGGAAGGAGGCGUUGUUGUGUGAUUGUUGAGAAUGAGGCAUGUCUAGUUUGUAAUUCUCGAGUUGACUGUCUGAACUAGCUCCCAGAUGUCACCUCAUGUUGCAUCAUCAGGGAGCAAGGGGCAAUUCGGCACUCUAUUACUUAAGAUUUCAGGGGAAGUACAUCUCAAUGGACAAUCUAAUAAUGCUCCCAGUACAGCACCUAUGCUGCCUGUAAACCACAUAGCCACAUGGUACUAGUCAAUAGAUCGCCUGCUCUUUUAUGUGAUAGACAACAGAAUAAAGACGGCAGAGUAAAGAGAUGAUAUUUGAUGCUCAGUGAUCGGCCACAUGCACACCAUGCAUUGAUUGAACACUGUGUCAUUGUGUGCGUCGUUCGACCAAUCAGAAGCGAUGAACAGAAGGAAGAGCUCGGUCACAUGUACUUUGUCUUAAGUCUUCUCCUCCACCUUUCUCUAUAUCUCAUGACAGCUUCAAGUCAGCUUUAUCAAAUGUUUUUUUAUGUGAUGUGAUGAAAAGCUGGAUUUUGUGGUUUUUUUUUACCUAUUCAAAGACAUUCACAUGUGAGUACAGGGGAAUGAUGGUUGAGAAGCAGAGGUUUUUUUUUUUUUACCAACAGUUGAAACAAACAACAGCAUCGAAAACUAUCAAAACCACAAAGACAUCCUGUCAGGGGGAGAGAGAGAGAUGAGGGCGACAAAACCACAUGGGUUGAAGUUGACGAGAGCAAGCUUGACCAAGGUGGAGCGAGUUUCUUUUUUUUUCUUCAUUUGGCUGAAGAACUUGAAAACACAUCUUUGUCUUUGUGAGCAUUUAAGAAUAGCAACUUUAAUGUCAAGCUAAAAACUCAACCUUCAUUCAGAAGUUCACCACUUGAUUCUUUUCAUGUACAGCUGAAACAAGGUUUUUAUCUGUGACAUUAACAACAGGAUUGUUACACAUGAGGGAUGGGGAGCUGUGGGUGCUGAAAGAUUUGUGCAUACUUGAAUGUCCUCUCCCCGUGCUGAGCUCUGACAAUAAGACAAGAUUUAUUUUAUCAAUGUCAAACAAAUACAAAUGCACCUCAAAUAAAAAAGCAAGAUGUUGAUCAAAGAAGCAGGACACAUCUCUCAAAUGCUCCUUCUUUAGGCUUUUCUGUAAUAACUAAAUAACUAAUAAAUAACGACUUUGCCCUGAACACCUUAACAUUCAAAACAUGAUCUGAAUGUAAUGAUUUGGACUUAUAACAUUUUUUGAGAACCAGAGUUUGAGAGGGGAUCUCUGCCAGCUCCGUGUCCAGCUCUGAGCGCCCCUCUCCGGGCUUCACUCUCACCUCCACCCCCUCUUCUGCCCUGGAGGUGUGGACUGAAAAUGUGAGAAGAGUUUCAGUAGCAGGUUCACUACUGUCCCCUACUGAACAAGAGUUGAAGUGCAUGCACCAAGCUGAAGAGAAAGGCCCUGUUGAUGAUUUAUAAAGAGCAGCCCACCAGGUUUAUAAAGUUUAGUUAACUCUCUAUAAAGAUAUAAAUGCUCAGCCUGUGAAAACAGACGUGUAACUCUUCUGUAAAACCUUCCAGAGUCUGAAAAUGCAACCUUGAUGAUGUCAUCACAUUAAGGGAAUUACAGACUCAAGUGUUUUUGAAGCUAAAGACACUACAAUAUGCAAAAAAAGAAGACAUACCCAAGACCAGAGUGCUCUUAGACCGAGACAAGACAAAGUAAAAAUGCUUUUGAUUCAGAGACAAGAAUAAAACCUUUAAAAAGCGGUUUCAAAACCGGUCUUGGGAUUUUGAGUACUACACUAGUUCCAGUACUGCAGGUUGAUUACAUUUUUUAACAUGUAAUCCAUGAUGUGGCAAUGAGGUCAUAUCCAUGGGAGGUAGGGGUGCUGCUGUGUUGGAAAAGGCAGGUAUCACACACUAUUUUCCAGAUGUAAAAGAAAUAAAAUGUAUAUUGGUAAGGUAUAUUUUUAGAAUAUUCUUUGUAUGUACAAAAAAUGUGCAUGCUUGAAUAAAUUGAGGGAAAUAAUAAUAACGAAUUUGAAAUAUUCAUAAUAAAAUAACCCUAAGCAUCAUGGUCAAUGUACGUUACACAGACAUGUCAACUAGCAGCUUACUAAUGUUGGAUCAUUCAAAGAAGUUGAAUGACACAGAAAUUAAUUUCAAAUUUGGUUUGUAAACCACCUGACUCUAAAAGGAGCACAAAGGAUGGCUGACAAAGACCUGCAGUAAAUGCCCUGAGGAGCCGGCUGCUCAUAAGCCAUUUUGGAUAAGUUAUACCUCCAACUUGCCAGGUACAUUAAUUCACCUCAUUCAGAGCCGUGGGAAGAGGCUUUAAGUUGGGGAAGCUAUAGUUAAGAGAUGGUUGAUAGGCAAUAGUGCAUACACAAAAUCAUUUUAUUUAUUGAGUUUGAAUACAAGCUUUUAAGUAAAUAUGUCAUUUUGCAUACUUAUAAGCCCGACUUGCAAUUACCAGAGAGCAUAGCUAAAUAUCGUGAAACCAAGUCCAAAAGGCUAAAACACACUAAAAAUAAACCGCACAACUUCUCACUUCCCUUUUGUGCGAGAAGUGACACAAAAAAGCGGUCCAUCUGGGUCAGGUACAAACAUUUUUCCGCCGGAGGAGAAGACUUUCUUUAUGACCCCAAUACCAAAAGCACCAUCAAAGUCUUCACAGCAGAGAGUGAAGGAUGUUCAUGUUUUAUCUGCUCUUUUUUGCUCUCCACACAGCCUAUGGAGCUCUGCUGUACGCUGACCCCGGACAACAUGUGACUUUACCGUGCGUCUUCACCUCUAGUGCAAAAUACAUGUCUUGGUACAAGCAGGUGGCAGGGGAGAAACCUCAAAUAAUGUCCUCCUUCUACAAACACUCACGUGAUGCUAUUGGUUUCUUCAACCAGUUUAAAGACAAGAAUCGGUUUUCAGCUCAGACGGGAGAAGGAUUCUACCAUCUGAUCAUAUCCAAUGUGCAGGAAUCGGAUUCGGCUAUGUACUACUGUGGACAAACCAGCAUAACAACCAUUGAAUUUCAUGAGGGGAUAUUUUUGGUUUUAAAAGAUUCUAGUGCCUUGUCUUUCAUCCGGCAGCCGGCGUCCGACCCUGUAAAGCAAGGAGACGCUGUGACUCUGAGCUGUACAGUCCACACUGGGACCUGUGAUGGAGAACACAAUGUUUACUGGUUUAAAAACUCUGAAGAAUCUAAUCCAGGACUCAUUUAUGCCAAUGGAGGCAGGAAUGACAAGUGUGAGAGCAAACCUAUGUCACAAUCGCUCACUUGUGUCUACAAUUUGCAGAUGACCAGCCUGAAUCGUUCUCAUGCUGGGACCUACUACUGCGCUGUGGUCGCAUGUGGACGCAUUCUGUUUGGCAACGGCGCCAAGCUGCAAAUUAUAACAGAUGAGGGGAAAUUCUUAAUUGGAACUUUGACAUUCACAACCCUCCUGGCUGUUUUAAUUGCUCUCUCAGCGUGCUUCAUGAAAAAGAGAAACAGCUGCCAAUCAACAGAGUCUCAAGCAACAAUUUCUGCUCCAUCCAUGACAGACGCAGAGGGUUACCAAAACAAAUUCAACCUCUACUAUGCCGCUUUAAGUGUCAACCUGACCGACAGAACAAGACGCCAGAGGGAUCCAACCUGGAGUGAAGCUGUGUAUGAAAGUGUGAAGCAUUAGAAUUUGAUUUAUAUUAAGUUGAUACGUCUUCUUUGGUGAGCAAUUUUCUCACAGCCAUUUGUGAAUUUUUCAGGUAUGCUUUUUUAAUUUCUGUGGUCUGCUGCCAAAAUUCAAUAGGAUUCAGUUUUUCUGUGUACAGUCUGAAGCAGGAUAUCUCUACAAUGUUGCCUUGUUUCUAGCAUAUGAACUAGAGCCGGACACGGAGCUGGCAGACAUCCCCUCUCAAACUCUGGUUCUCAAAAAAUGUUAUAAGUCCAAAUCAUUACAUUCAGAUCAUGUUUUGAAUGUUAAGGUGUUCAGGGCAAAGUCGUUAUUUAUUAGUUAUUUAGUUAUUACAGAAAAGCCUAAAGAAGGAGCAUUUGAGAGAUGUGUCCUGCUUCUUUGAUCAACAUCUUGUUUUUUAUUUGAGGUGCAUUUGUAUUUGUUUGACAUUGAUAAAAUAAAUCUUGUCUUAUUGUCAGAGCUCAGCACGGGGAGAGGACAUUCAUUUUUAAAUUUGUCAAUUUUAUUAGAAGAUGAGAUCAGGGGAAGAGUUGGACGUCUCUUAGUGGAACGGUUGGCGGUUGAUUCACAGAUCUUCCAGUCUACAUGCCUAAAGAGUCCUUGGGCAAGACAAUCAAUGUGAUAAGUAGUGAUGGGCACUUUAUGUAGCAGCCUUUGCCAUCAGUGUAUGGACAUUUAUGUGAAUGGGUGAGUAUGUUGAGGGAUGUUUUGUAAAAGCCCUUUGAGUGGUCGGAAGAUUACAAAAGAGCAGUCAGCACACUGUUUUGUUUUUAGGAUGAUGUCCGUGGUAAUAAUGGUCUUUUUUUUGACCAAAUCAUGUAUGUAUUUUUUCAUGUAUUUUAGAAAAUUAUUGACCAAAUAAAAAAUGGCUGACAGCACUUUGAGCUGG